GAGAUCAUUCGCUCUCGCCUGUAAUUUGUGCAAAUUAGCAUUAACCUUUAACGACGCUCGGUCGUCGUCCGUUUACACCGCAAAACGCGUUAGUGGCCUCGCGGGGAAGAACUCGAUAAUCCGUGAACCGGCACGAUAUCACCGCAAGACCGGGGCAAUUGAUCCGAGGUUAAGUUACUCUCGGCCGUACGGCGUUUUAGCUACGGAGCUCGAUUCUGCUUCCUAGGUUUCCAGGGCAACAGAAACUUUUCUCUCUUCACACGAUCGCCGCUAAUCAAUCCUCGCUCGAAGCGGAGAGGCAACGAUUGCAACACGACGGCACGCGAUAAAAACGUUCCCUCUGACUGUUUUCGAAAUAUCGAGAAAUAUCGAAAACGGGUGCGAUUCGACGCGGGGGAAUCGAGUUUUCGGAGAACGGCGUCUCGAGGUAGCCAGAGGUAGAGUAGCAGUUUGGAUCUAACCUACGAGAGUUCGUUCCGUGUAAGGAGCGUUUUCAAUCUCAGAUAAAACCGGCGUGGCUGGGGACCUGGAUCGCGCAGACGAUGGUCGAAGGGUUAACGACGGAUCGAGGAACGACGCGACACGGUGAAUGAGGGCGGGCGAGGCCAGAGCGACGACGACGACGAGGACGAGGACGAGGACGAGGAGGACGACGAGGAGGACGACGAGGUGGUGGCAAUUGACGGCAAGCUGGGUGAAAAAGGGCGAGGCAGAAAAAUAUGGUGCACGAGGCCACGGGUCUGUGGCACGGCGCGGGAUUCAACGUAUCGAGGUGGCUGAUGAUCAUAAUACACGGAUACCGGGCUACCACCCUCUUGCUAUCCAUUCUGCUCAACGUGCUGGUGCGAACUGCCGAGUAUCCGACAGCGGUCACGGCGGAGAUCGUCCCGACGAACGGGAAUUCGUUGGAGGCCAGCAUGAAACCGUUGGACAUCGACCUGCCGCCGACGCUUCCGAUGAGCUUCGGCACCGAAAAUUCCACCGUGAUCUCCGCCCAAUCUGGAUCGACCGCGCUCCUGCCCUGCGUCGUCCAUAAUCUGGGCGAUGGAAUGGUGUCGUGGAUCAAACGGAAGAACGUCCAGGAGUUACUGACCGUAGGACUGACAACGUACGCCAACGACGAGCGGUUCCAGGCAAUUCAUUUCCACCACAGCGAGGAUUGGACUCUUCAAAUAAAAUACGUUCAACCAAGGGAUGCUGGAUCGUACCAGUGCCAAGUAUCCACCCACCCACCCACAAGUAUAUUUCUGUUCCUCGAGGUUGUCGAGGCCAGAGCAGAGAUAGCCGGUCCCUCGGAAAAGUUUGUGAGGCCAGGUAGCACCCUGCAGCUUCACUGCCUCGUGAAAAAAUCGACCGAGACGCCUUCCUAUCUAUUCUGGUACCAUAACUUCCGGAUGAUCAACUACGACAUCGAUCAGGGGGUCAAUGUCAGCACCGAUCUGGCGGGCCGUGAAAGCUGGCUGGAGGUGCCCCGUGCGUCUAAUCGUCAUUCCGGAAAUUACACCUGCGAGGCGAGUAACGCGCAACCGGCGCGGGUGUUGGUGCACGUGUUCAAAGGGGAUAAUCCAGCGGCGAUGCAGCACAGCAUCGCGUCCUCGCCAUCCGUCAUGGCUUGCAGCGCGCUAUUGAUGAUGUUCACCACGUUGAAGCUGGUGCUGCAUUCCACCGUCACGAACUGACCGCCGUGUCGCGUCCCGUCGUCUUCGCCGCACGAAAUGUAGAAAAAUGAACGUCGCGAUCUUCUCUUCUUCGAAGAUGAAGGGGACAAAGCGGUGUAGCAGCAGCUCGCAGCUCGCAAACGAGGAUAAAUGUCGUUCAAGCAGCGCGUUUCCAGCGUACUUUAGAGGAUGUUGCAGAGAGGACGAUGCAGUUCGCCCCAGCGAGAUCGUAUUCUCGAGAGACUCUGGCCGGAUUCGAAAUCAGGCAGCCUUUGAUCUUCGAAAGGUGAGCGACGUUGUCGUGAUACGCGCAUUAACGUAAUUCUUAAGGGAUCGAAAUUGAAUAGUCGAGAGUGGUAGAUGGACGUGUGCGUGAUUUUUUUUUUUUUUUUUUGCGUGUCUGUCGUUCGUGUGUGUACGGAAAAGUGAGACAACAGCGUGUAACGAGACACGAGAAUAACGUUUGUGUAAAAUAUUCGAACACGGUGGAUACAUCUAGCCGUGUGUCGUUAAGACCGUGCAUGCAGUCGACAGCUACUUCAAACGACGCUCACGUAUUCGUUGUAUCGCGUGAAUAACGAAGCAUCGUCGCAUAAGACGGAAAGAUUCCUUACGCUCGGUCGUUGUAGGGCGAGCGCCAGUUUCAACGUUUCAACCAGUGUCACCGUACAUACACACGUGUUUGCUCAAAAGUUCGUAUAUCGCGCGCGAGCUCAACCCCUCCCCCUUGCUCCCUACACACCGUCUGUUAACCCGUUGUGAUAUGUGUGCAAAUGUGUAAACUGUGUGUAACCAUCGCGAUCGUAGAAGUGUAAUUGUGUAAUCUGUACUGCGACGAGUGGCACGAUUAACGGCGAUAAUCCUGUCGCGAUCCGACGCAUUUUCCCCGGCCAAACUUUCCGACGAUGUGAUCCCUGUGUAGACCUAGUAGCGACAACUUUAUUCGGUGUUAAACUCGGUCUCUCUCGUUCGCCGCUCGCGAAAUUUACGUUACGUUACGUUAAUGGCAGCGACGAGAGAUCGUCGGCGGUUUCGCGCCCCUUCGUUCGUUUGUUCGUUCAGUCGUUCGCGGUAACGAACGUUUCCGCAAGAACUUGGCAAGAAAGAAACGAUAAAAGAGACAAAGAACGACAGACCAAGUGGCAGUCGUCGCGUUUUACGAUGUGCGUGAAGGUCGUCGAAUCGACGAACGAAAGUUCGAUCGUUAAGUCGGGGCAAAAUGGGCAAGUUUGCCGAGACAUAGUGGAAUAUUGCAUAUUCGGCCUAUAUGUACAGGUGCGCGUAAUUAAUCGUGAUAAUCCCGGCGUAAUGCAGCACAGCCUAACGACAUUAUCUUCUAUUGCCUUGCUCCGCACAGACGAUCUUGCUCAUAAUGUCUAAAUUAGUUCUAUGUGACGUCCACGAAAUGACCGUGCUCAGGUGUUGUUCACUCGUGUAGGGAAUCUGCGCGGCGAUUAACGGCCGAUGGAGAAUCAUUGCAAAAAGUAUAUCCGAAUUUGUUGACGCGAGCGUGUUCGCGUUUUUUAGCCAAUUUGUCGUUGGAAACUCGUGAUCGACGAGUAAAAUAAAACUGUUGUCGUGUUUAGCGUAUCGCGUUAGAAAAAGUUUACCAACUCCCCUCUCCCCUCUCCCCUCUCCCUCCCCCAGCUCCUCUUUUUCACCCUUGUUAAAGCUCGACUGUGCCAAUCGCGCAUCGAUCUUUCGUUUUUCAUAUCGAAUCGUUCGAUCGCGUGAAAUUUUAUUGUACAUAUAUUUUCUAUGUCGGUUGUUCGUCCAUCUAUAAAUUAUAUGGUAAAUCAUUUAUAGAGGAGCGUGGUUCCGCGAAUCUCUCGCGAGAUACGCAAGGUGAUCAUCCUGGACCAUGAUGUGUGUUUCGCAGCGUUAGUACUGCCGCAUGUUCUCCAACGCUAAUCCACUAUUUCCUAGGUAGACAGCUAUUUCACGUAUCCGUACACAUUGCCAACGAGGAUAAUCCAGUUUCUGCAAAUAAUAAACCCAACGGUUAUAUUAUUAUCAAGUCGGUGUGCCCGGAUUUCGACACGAGCAAACGAAGUGCUCGCGUGGUGUGCGCCGAAGAUUAUACACGCCGUGGAAUCCCUUCGUAUAACAUAUAUACCUGCAUCGAUCUCGAUUACUCCGAUCGAUUACAAACGGUAAUAUUUCAUCGAGCGUACACAACAUUCGACGGGAUCCUUUGAUUUAUGUAAUUUGAAGCGAUGGAUUAUUUAAUGUGAUGUUCGACGAUGUAGUCGCUGUCUGUUUUAUGUACAUACGUAUACAUAACAUAUACAUAUAUAUAUAUAUAUAUAUAUAUAUUAUAUAUAUAUAAAAAUAUGUUACGAACGUCGCACAAUGUUAAUCUCAUUUACGGUUGAAUAAAGUUUUCAUAUAAA